AUGGCAAGUGAUACCACAAACGUGGCUGAAGGUCUAGCACCGAGUCAUACGUAUAUUGCAAAUCGUGGCUAUGUUCAGAACAAUUCACAUAUUCAAGACAAUGCUAUUCAAGGCCAAGACCAUUAUGAAGCUCGGCAACUGGAAGAGAAUGCCUCCGAGGAUUACGACGACAUUUUCGACGAAGAUGAAUCAGACGAUGAAGUGGACCCAGACCUUGACAGUCUCGCCGCCUCAAAUCCAUCUGAUCUUACAAAGUCAUACAACAGACAACGGAAGCUCAAUGCAGCCAUAUCAGAUCCAAAUGUUCCGCCUUCAUACUACCCGAAAGCCAACCCUCAAGCCAGGGCUGCCGGUGGCUCUGUUGACGACCAAGUUGCAUCACUCACCCGUCACGCUAACAAACUGAAACUGGAGGACAAGUAUAUGGGAACCACUCAUAGUAGAGGUGCUGACAAGUCAGAACGCGCAACUGCCGAGCAAGUGCUUGAUCCGAGAACUCGGAUGCUAUUACUUCAGAUGAUCAACCGCAAUAUCGUGUCUGAGAUCAAUGGGGUCAUCUCGACAGGCAAAGAAGCAAACGUCUAUCACGCAUUAUCGAUCGACGAGGAAUCUGGUAAAGAACGCCACCGAGCAAUCAAGGUAUACAAAACCAGUAUCCUCGUCUUCAAGGACAGAGAAAAAUAUGUGGCUGGUGAACAUCGAUUCCGAUCCGGAUACAACAAGAGCUCGAACAGAGCAAUGGUCAAAGUCUGGGCAGAGAAGGAGAUGCGUAACCUGAAACGAAUACAUGCAGCAGGUAUACCUAGUCCCGAACCAAUGUACCUCAGACUACACGUACUGGCUAUGGACUUCAUCGGCGACAACAAGGGUACACCAGCUCCACGACUAAAAGACGUCGAAUUUGUGGACCAAGAUCCUGCCCCAAAAUGGCGAAGCGUGUACCUGGAUGUGCUGAGCUACAUGCGCGUGAUGUAUCAGGUAUGCAAACUGGUCCACGCCGAUCUCAGCGAGUACAACAUGUUAUUCCACAAAGACAAACCAUACAUCAUCGACGUCAGUCAAAGCGUAGAACACGACCACCCUCGCAGCUCAGACUUUCUAAGAAUGGACAUCAAGAACGUCAACGAUUUCUUCCGACGAAAAGAUGUAAACGUGCUACGAGACCGAUCUCUAUACGAAUGGCUCAUGAAGUCCGAAGGAAGCACAAAAUUCGGAGACUUAAGAGCUGAAGCAGACAACCUAAUGGCCAAUAGAACAGACGAAGCAGAAGACGACGUCGACAACGAAGUAUUCCGCAAACAAUACAUUCCCCAGACGCUCAACGACGUCUACGAUGCAGAAAGAGACUCCCAACACGUCACCAAGCAGGGACGCGACGCACUAGUCUAUAAAGACUUAUUGGCGGACACAAAAGACAACAACGACAACACAGCACUUCCAGCACCAGAAGACCAAGACGCAGCAGACAACCAAUCCGCUUCCGACAGCGAAGUCAACACAGACGCAACAGCAGACUCGGACGAGGAAGACGACGAUAACCCAGGCAGACCACGAGGUAAACGCUUCCAAGACAAGGACGAGAAAAAGGCACAUAAGCAGGCGGUCAAAGAGGAGAGACGAGAAAAGAGAAAGACGAAGAUGCCAAAGGCUAUUAAGAAGAAACUCGUCAACCAGAGUACGAGGAAGAAGCAUUAG